GGUCCAAUUUCCCCGGCUGAUCUUGUGGAGAUCCCACAUCGAAUGUUCAAGGAGCAAGGUAAGGCCUUUGGCAAGAACGAAGAGAAGAUGAGAGCGAGAGCAAAAGAGGAAGGGAAAAUAAGAGCAUAUCAUCGAGAAAGUGAAGAACAAGACGCAGCAUAUCUAGCUGCUCUGCAGAUUGACAAGGGAAAGGAAAGACUUGGAAAUUUACGAACUGAAUCAUCAAACAGAACAAAUAUGGAGAAGAUUAAUAAACCAAAUCCUCCACAAAGACUGUUUGGUAAAGCCAAACAGCUUUCCAUAAUUAAACAAAAUGCUCUACAAACUGUAAACCCUGCAAAUGGUGCUACUACUAAGAUAUUAAUUCGAUUUCCAAAUGGCGAAACAAGAGAGCAAAGCUUCUCAUCCUCAGACAAGAUCCAAUCAAUCUAUAGAUAUGUUGAUUCAUUAGGCCUUCCGGGUAUCAAAAACUACAGAUUGAUAUCAAGCUUUCCGAGAAGAAUUUUUGGGGUUGAUCAAAUGAGUAUGACAUUCAAAGAUGCUGGACUCCAUUCAAGAGCAAGCCUGUUCUUGGAGCUCAUGUGAAAACAAAUUUACUUAAAGUCAAAUCUACC